AUGAUUUAAUCUCGAAUGAUAGAAAAAGAAGAGGACCUUCACUGCUCUUUGAAACAUAAACUUCCUGUCCUUAUGAUUGUUUGUGAUGGAAAAUUAAAGAGGAAUGAAAGACUUUUAUGUUCUGAAUGCUUAGAAAAUUUUGAUUCAAAAGUUCAGUUAUUGAGUUUUAAAAAAGCCAUGUAGAAUAUAUAGGAAUAUCAAAAAUAGAAGAAAGAAAAUAUCGAGACAUUCAUCAUGAUUAGGAUCAAAUUAAUUGAAGAACUCUAAAAAGAUCUUUAUUUAUUAAGAUCUAAUGUUAUUUAAUUAUUAGAUUAAUUAAUUGGAAACGUAGAUGAAUGGAUUAAACAUAUCAUAUAAAUUGGAUAAUAAAAUGUUACUUAUAGUUUUUAUAAUGAAUUGGACAAUCUAAUUAACAAGAAUAAAUUCGAAGAAUUCUGCCAGAGAUCAUAAAUUGAUAAUAUGAAUGCAUGGAAUAAAAAAAUUGAAAAGAAACUAGCUUUAUUUAAUUCAUUUUAAGAAAGUUAAAAAUGUGAAUAGAUAUUGCAAAAUUUUAGAAAUAUUAAUGGAUUGUCGGAGAAUAUUAGAGAUUAAAAAUUGAUUUAAGUAAACUAAGAAAUUAUUUUUAGCCAUAAUAGGGAGUGAUUGAAGUUUGCAAUUAAUAGAGGUUAUUAGGAGAAUAAUUGAUGAUGUAUAAAUAAGCUGAAUUUAAUUUAAUUGAUUAUUAAUCCUAAAUCGAUGCAUGGUGUUGCGCAAUUGUUUUCAAUAAAGAUGGAUCAAUUAUGAUUUCAAGUGAUGGUUGUGAGAUUAAAAUUUGGAAAUUUGAAUAAGGAACCUUUAAAUUAUCUAAUUCUUAUAAAGAGCAUAGCAAUCCCAUUAAGUGUUUAAUACAUAGCAAAAAAACAAAUAAUUUCAUUUCUGGUGAUAACAAUAGCUAAAUCAUAUGUUGGUAAUAAACUAAUCGAAAUGAUUGGAAUUGGUCAUAACCAUUCAAAUAGCAUAAUAAUAGUAUUAACUGUUUUUUGUUAAAUAAAUAGGAGGAUCAACUUAUAUCAGGAGGAAUGGAUCAUAAAAUAAUUGUUUGGAAAGUAGGCUUUAGUAAGAAUGUUUUAACUUUUUUGUACUCCUUAGAUUAACAUAUCAAUAGAGUCAACUCGCUAAGUUUUAAUUAAUCAGAAACUGUCUUGGCAUCAAGUGGUUAUGGAGAAUUCAUUAUAUGGGAGAAAGGAGUAUUAGGAAAAUUGGAGUUUAAAUAUAAAUAAAUGUUAUAAGAUGGAUAGAAAAUCCAUUUUAUAAAUGAUAAACAAUUACUUUGGGUAAAUAAAAAAAUGAAUAAUAUUUUGGUAUUUGAAUUGUUCAAUGGAGUUUUUAAACAGAAUGCAAACAAAACUAUUACUUUAAUCGAGAAUAAUGAAUGUGAUGAUAGUACAUUAUUUCCAAUAAUCAACAACAAAGAAAGAAAUGUUUUAUUGUUAAGACACAAACAACAUAUUUAUUUGAUUAGACAAUUAAAUGACGAUACAUUUAAUAUUGUUGCAUCAUUAAAGUUUUUAACAACAGAGAUUUAUGGAACGAUGACCAAUAAUGGCUAAUAUUUAGUAGUUUGGGAUAAUAAAUUUAAAAAAUAUUCAUCAUAUGAGAUCUUCUAUAAAUGA